ACACAGAGCCCAGAGUAGUUUUCUGUCUUUUCCUUACUUUGGAUGCUGUGGCUAUAGGUUUCCUGCUAUAUAAAAAUUAACACGGGAUCAAGGGAGACUUCUGUGACCUCUUUUCCUAUCUUUGUUGAGUUACGGCUGCAUGACCCACGAGAGACUAUUUCAGAUCCUCUCUUCCGGAUUUCAUUGACAAGAAUACCGUUUAAUUCGCCGUGUCACUUUUUAACACCAAGAAGACUCCUUAAGUUAAGAUGCAUUCGAGAGCUUACCUGUUGCUGGAAAGAGAAUUUCAGGAAUAUAAAAACGCCGGCAUCUUUGGUAUUUCUGUUACACCUUUAGAAGAUAACUUCAUGGAAUGGGCAGCUGAGAUCCAAGGACUAAAGGAUUCUCUAUGGGAAGGAGCUGUACUCCAACUAGUAAUGAAGUAUACUGAAAAUUACAACAAGGUACCUCCAAGCAUCAACUUCACCACUAUUCCUUUCCAUCCUAAUGUGGACCCAGCGACUGGGAGACCUUGUGUGGAUUUUCUAGAUGAUCCUUCCAAGUGGAACAUGAAGUUAACAAUGAGUAGUAUCCUUCUUAUUAUCCAGGUUAUGCUGUCUAAUCCAGUUCUGGAUAAUGCAGUAAAUACGGAGGCAGCUAAAAUCCUGAAGAACAAUAUUUCCCUGUAUAGAAAAAGAGUUAUAAAGUGUGUUACCGCUAGCCAGCGCCUAGAAGCUGUUGCUGUCACAGAGCAGCAGCCCACAACAUCAAUCAAAUUUUAUGUUGCACCUGAAGAAUCUACCCCUCAACAACCAAGAAGGAUUGCAGGUGUAUCAUAUGAAGAGUAUUAUUUGACAUGGUUUCAAAUAGCAACAUCAAGAGUAGAUCGAGAAUUUCAAAAAGAACUGUUUGCCGACCCAAACUUCAUAGCAAACUACUAUAGCUGGAUGGCUGAAAAUGCAGUUAAAGGUGAAUGGGAUGCAGAUAUACAUAGAAUACUUCUCUCUGAACUUAUUGAAAAACGGAAGAACGCAAAACUAUUUAAAGACCUUAUUGAAAAACGGAAGAACGUAAAAGUAUUUAAAGACACAGAAAAUAUUGCAAAUACAACUCCAGCACCAUCUGAGCAUGAGAAAUCUACUACACCAUGCAAGAUUCAAAGCAUAAAUCAGGAAGAGGAGUUCUGGGAACAAGAAGUAGACGAUUUAGUAAACUGGUCAAACACUCUUGGUUAAGAAAGAUGGAACUGAGCUACAGUCUUAAGUAUUUUGCAUAUAUUUGAUUUUUUUUGUAAUAAAACCAGAUGUUCCCACACUAUUUGGGGAAAACCUAUGCAAUUUAAUGGGAGGCAUAUUGUUGGAAAGAUGGUAGAUCCCCAGGCCAGGUAGAUUGUCUGGUUUUAAAACUGUGCUGGAGUAACUAGGGACCAGUUGGUUCAGUUUGUGCUUGGCUGCUCUACCACAGCAGCUCACUGCUGACUUCCCACAUAAAUAAAAGACCCAGCUCCACCCCUUCCCCCAGGAUUCCCUUUAUCUGAAAUGACUUACGCAAACACCUGGAGAUAGACUGAUUCAGUAAGUCAACUGACUCCAGUUAAGCUCUGCUCUCAAAUUCCUAUGUCAGGUCCAGAGAAGUUUUGAACCAAAUUUCUUCAUCUCACUCAUAAGAGAGGGAAUGUAAAGAGUGUGUGUGCAAGCCUGCUAACAAACUGCCAUGUUCAUGCACUUGCAGGCAUAAUGUUUGAUUAAAGGGAUACUUUAAUGUAGUCUAAGAGAGGCUUUUGGUUGUUCCAAGCUGAUCAGCUUGCUUCAUUGUGCAAAUUUUCAGCAUUAAAUUUAUAUAUUCAUCUUGGGUACAUGAGUCAGUUUUCAGGCUGCACAACCUUUUCAUCUGUAUACUUUUAAAAAUGUGUAACACCUGUACAUUUACAACAAACUUGUGAUAGUUAUAAUUCCUUGCCGGCCUCAGUGACCUCACUCAAAAUCUUAGAAAGAUGCUAGAUUCCUAUCAUGAAGCUGGUUUUAUGGACUUUGCAGAUUAUGUACAUCUGGGAUCAAAUCAGCAAUAUGUUGUCUUUUGGUUUAUAAAAUGUUAGGUUGAUAUUAAAUACAGAUACAACUCCCA